CUGGAAUAUUUCUCAAAAAAGAAAAAGAAAAGUUGGUUCUGGAAUCCUCUGGGUCUGGAGCCUGGGAAACCCGAGCUCGCCGCUUGCUCCCAUCCUCUUCCUCCUCCUGCUGUCCUGCCGCCAUUGUGCCGCCUCCAAGCAAACGCCCGCCCGCUUGGUUCGUUGCCCCGCCGAAGCGCUUACCAUUUCGCCUCGCACCCACUUCUCCCCACCGCCCAAGGAAGGGGAAGCCAAAUCUCAUCUCAUAGACCUGAACCCCGCUCCUCCUCCCCGUUCGCCCGCGUCAUUGGGACUUCUCUCUCCCUCGAAUCACGUCGCUGAUACUGUUUGAGCUGGAUGUUGCUCUAUUCACCUGCAAUCUGUUUGGGGCGAUCUGCCUCAAGUAGUAUGUACGCUCAUUCGAAUCAGUUUCAAGGAGGAGCCGCACAGAGUAUGGUCUUAUGGAACUGCUCCCGACCGCAGUCAAGCCGUUCUCAUAUGACAUUGGGCGUAGCCGAUUCUUCUCAUAAUAAGAAUAUAAGAACUUCUGAAGCGCAGAGUCUGAAGUACUUUGUCAGCUUAGUGGGCCGACGAUUGCGUCGCGGAUUGUCAACCAGAGAGGGCAGUCUAAGUGUAAAGCUCGACAUGCUUUCACGCGACAGAAUGUCGGGUACUAAUUGGAAAUGGAGAGGCGUCCAUCAAAAGAUAGGAGCUACGGCCGGUGGGCUCUGCUUUGGUUUUUCAGUUUCAGGGAUCGCAAAAGCCGAGAUGCCUGUGGACAGAAAGAUCAACUGUGCAGAAACUUCAGCAUCAUCUUCCCAUGGGAAGAAAGUCUACACGAAUUAUUCUGUCACCGGGAUUCCAGGAGAUGGGAGGUGCUUAUUCCGCUCCGUGGUUCAUGGGGCAUGCAUCCGCUCAGGGAAACCUAUCCCUAAUGAAGAUCUUCAGAGAAAGCUAGCUGAUGAAUUGAGGUCAAUGGUUGCUGAUGAAUUUGUCACUAGACGAGAAGAGACUGAAUGGUUUGUUGAGGGCGAUUUUGAUACAUACGUUUCCCAGAUUAGGCAGCCACAUGUGUGGGGUGGUGAGCCAGAACUGUUCAUGGCUUCACAUGUUCUCCAGAUGCCAAUAACUGUGUAUAUGCAUGACGAAGAUGUGGGUGGCUUAAUAACUAUUGCUGAAUAUGGCCAAGAGUACGGUAAAGAAGAUCCAAUACAAGUUCUGUAUCAUGGUUUUGGCCAUUAUGAUUCCCUACAGAUUCAGAAGACAUAGGGGUCCGAAGACUAUAAUUUAGAAUUUGGAACUUCGAGAUUCAGAAGUAUGCAUCUUUGAGGCUGAACUUUGUUGGCAGGCGCCGUUUCAAAAGCAUUUGAUCGUGUGUAAUAGCCUGGAGCCUGGAUGACUUUGUCUGCAAGCACAUGCUCGUAGAAGAUGACAAGAGAUACAAGGCAUUCCGUUAUCUGUAUGAAUCCGCCGAAGGAGCAAAAUUUGGACAGGACAGGACUGAAUCCUGUUGUUGUUGUGUUGUUCAUGUACUCACCUCACCGUAGGGUGUAGGGUGUCGAUAUGCCGUGCUGUAGCUUGAUGUCAUCUAUCUUGCUGUGGAGAAUAACAAAGACUACGGAUUAUGUAGCCAGGCGCAAGUUCUGCACGUACGUCAAUGUAAAUCGUCAGUUAUGUACAGUA